AUGGAGAAAGAUCUAAAUAUGGCUAAACAAUUCAUUAUGUAUACAAAUGAUGCAGUCGACGUCAAAUUUUCGGAUGGUAUAGAAAUUUUUCUCGCACCAUGUGUUACUGAUUCAGAAUUAGUCAUUAUUAAUAACAAAUUAAGCGAAACGAAUGAAGAAGUGGUUAGACAUUUACGAGAAAAAGGUGAACUUGCUCGAGAAGUUGUUCGAUUGAAUCAUGCACUAACUGAUAUACUUCGAGAUGAAUUUGAAGCUAUUAAAAAUAAUGUUGGUCAAUUACAAAUAGAUUAUAAUCAAAUGAGACUAACUUGUAUGGAACUUGAACAACAAUUAGAAACAGCUAAACGAAUAAAUAAACAAACGGAAUAUGAGUUAAUAUUUUAUAAAAAUCAACAAGCUGCUAUGCAUGAUUAUGAAAAUGAACAAUUUUAUAAGAAGUAA